AUGUCGACCGUGCCGGUAAACCCCGACGACCCGGGCAUUGGCCCCGUGAUCUAUGGAGUGUCAUGGACCUUCACUAUGUUAGCCGUCUUCACGGUUGGCUUGCGCUUCUACGUUCGGCGUGCGAACUCCCGGUUCUUUGCCAUCGAGGAUUGGGUCAUGGUGUUGGCGCUCGCCCUUCAGCUGGUGUAUCAGUCUAUUCUCCACAUCAUGUGUACUUACGGCCUGGGGAAGACGGGCGCCAACAUCACCCCCGACGAGCUUCUGAAUACGCGGAGGUGGAUGUGGAUCUCAUCACCUAUUGCCAACGGCGUUUCCAUCUUUGCUAGGCUGUCCGCCAUGAUACUGUUGAUCAAAAUCUUCGGUACCACACACCAAUGGUUCAAAUGGUUCUUGAUCGGUUUCAGCACCAUCAUGGUGAUCCUCGGCAUUCUGUCACCGAUCUUCCUCUUUGCUCAAGUAACCCCGACGGCGGCGCUCUGGGAUGUCAGCACCAUGAAAGUGUUACUGACCUUGGGAAUAGUCGUUUUCACCAUCACCGACCUGACCUAUGUGCUUUUCCCGGUGUGUAUCCUCUGGAAGCUCAGGAUGCCCACCCACCAAAAGAUUGGGCUCAUUCUGGUCAUGUCCUUGUCGCUCAUCACGAUGGGUGCUGCCAUGAUUAAGGUGGUUUUGGUCAUCAUCCAGCUCACCAACCCGCCAGCGGUCGGUCAUGGCAACUUGGCCUACUUCAAUGGCCUAUACAACCUGUGCACUGGGGUCGAGCAGUGCCUGGUCAUCAUCAUGGGCUGCAUCCCGGUGCUGCGAUCCAUCGUCAACCUCAACUUCCCUCUCAUCAACACCAUCACCUCCUCGUUCAAGCGAAGCAAGUCCAGCAUAUCCUCUGGGUAUUAUACGGGUGAUCGCAAUACUUCAGAUGAGUCCCACACGACGCCUCGAUUGCGGGCCUCUGACGACGGUGAGCACUCGGUGAGGUGCGAUGCCGAGAAUGGGGUGAGCCAGAAUGAUGAGCACAUACGGCGGGUCGAUGGGUAUAGCGUCACAUACGGGGAACGGCCCGAACGGAUGCAGGAGAAGGUCUAG